CACGUGACCCACACCUGCCACGUCACCUCUUAGACCCGCGCCGGCUUCGCAGCAGCCGGGGAGGAAAGAGAAGUCUAUUCAACUAUUCUCCUCGCCUCUUUCUUCUCGUUUUUUUCUCGCUCUUCUCGAUUUCGCCAAUCCUCCUCCUCCUCCUCCUCCUCCUCGGUACCAUCACCUCUGUUGCCACGGAGAACCAAGAAUCCUAAUCCAGAUCGCCACCUUUCUUCUUAGCAUAAUCAAUAUUCCCUUUAUCUCAAGUGAAGACUAGAGGUCAACGCCGUGGUAACAGGGCGUAAUUUGGGGGAGAUCGAAGGGUGGUUAGCUUGUACAUAUGGGAUCAUUCAAAGGGCACGUGCUGCCGGGGAGCUUGUUCUUGGCGGUGGGGUUGUGGCAUGUGUGGAGCGCGGUGGUGAGGUAUGUGUCGGCAUCGCCGGUGGAGUUUCGUGUUAGGGUUUGGAAUCCGGUGGGCAGCGGGUGGUUGAAGCACUUGGAGCUGUACGUUGUGGCAGGUGGCGCGUUCGCGGACAUGUGCGUGGAGUUGCUCUAUUCUACCCAUUUGAAGUUCUUUGUGGGGCGCGAAGGGAUCCUUAACCCUGCUCAUAUGAAUGAUUUUGAGCAUGGUGGUAUGCUUCUCAUGUUCUUUCUCUAUGGCAUUGUCGCCAUCCUCUCUGAGAAAACCAGGUUUCUCCCAUUCUCAAACGGAGCACUAUGUCUAAUUGCAGCUGCAGCAUUUUGCUCAGAAUUCCUACUAUUCUACUUCCACUCCACAUCCCAUCAAGGCUUAGAAGGUUACUACCACCUUCUGCUUGUCAUCCUUGUUGGCCUCUGCAUUUUCUCGACGGUAGCUGGUGCUUUCUGUCCUAACAGCUUUGCCGUUGAUCUCAGCAGUGGCGUUGCCAUCUCCCUCCAGGGCCUCUGGUUCUACCAGACUGCCUUCACCCUUUAUGGCCCUAUGAUGCCCCGGGGUUGCCAGCUUUCGGGCAAUGACAUUACAUGCAAGUCACAUGAUUCCGAAGUUCGCGGUGAGUUCAUCGCCAACAUCCAGCUAUUUUCCCUGGUUCUACUUGUUUUCAUAUUUGUACUAGGGUGCUACUCAGUGUCUGCAUCCAAGUAUGGACAUUCCGAGCUGCAGAAUUGGCAUGCUGCUGCUUUGAAAGAAUAUGAACAAAAUGGAGGCGAAGAACUGGCUGCACAAUGAUAGUUGAUUGGUUUUGAUCUGAAAGAGAAACAAAGAGUCAAAAGUUGCAUUACUUUGGUGAUAGAAUUUCAAAGUCUAGAGAGAUCAGUGAUUUAGGUGUGUAGAAUGUAAGGAGGUGGUUUUAUUGAUUUGCCGUGGCACUCUUUUGUUGUUUGAUAUCCAUUUGUUUGAGGUUCAUACUUAGAGUAGAUAAAACAGCAGUCUCACUGCUGCCUUUUGUAAGUACUUGUUCAAUUACCAUCCCAUUCUAAAAGCGAAGUUUUAUGUAGUUUAAGUACUGAUAUAAAUACCACACUUCAAUGUUGAGUC